AUGGCGUCUCUCAAGUCAUGGUUUCCGAUCCCCAAGUCGAGCCAUUUCUCUUUGGCCAAUUUACCGUUCGGGAUCAUCUCGACGGCAUCCAAGUCCACUCCGCACCCGGCUGUGGCUAUUGGGGAACACUGUUUGGACCUUCAGGAAUUUGCAGCAUCAGGCGCAUUUUCUUCGCUUGGAUUUGACGUCUCGUGUUUCUCCAAGCCGACUCUCAAUGACUUCGCGGCAUUAGGAAGACCGGUUCAUCGCUCGGUGAGGAAAUACCUCCAGGAUGUUUUUGUUGAGAACACAUCCCUAGCGAGUGUGCUACAAAGCAACAAACCCCUGCAGGGAAAGUGCCUGAUCCCCCGCGAGCAAGUCGAGAUGCACACGCCAAUGCAUAUUGGCGACUACACGGACUUCUACGCCGGCAAGAACCAUGCCUUCAAUGUUGGAUGCCUUUUUCGAGGACCCGAUAACGCCCUCCAACCCAACUAUACGCAUUUGCCCGUGGGCUACCAUGGGCGAGCCUCGUCUGUGGUCAUUUCAGGCACUCCAAUCACAAGACCCAAUGGCCAGAUCCUGGAGAAUCCCGCCGCAACCCCGAAGAUACCCAUCUUCAGCGCCUGCAGGAGACUUGAUAUCGAACUAGAGCUCGGCGCUUUCCUAUGCAAGGGCAACAAAAUGGGCACCAACAUCCCCAUUUCUGAGGCUGCAGAUUAUAUCUUUGGCUUCGUGCUGCUCAAUGACUGGUCAGCCCGAGAUAUUCAAGCAUGGGAAUACGUUCCGCUGGGACCGUUCUUAGCCAAGAACUUUGGCUCCACCAUCAGCCCUUGGGUGGUGCUGACUGAUGCACUGGAACCGUUUCGAUGCAAGGGCAUCCCAAAUGAGACGAAUCUGCUGCCGUAUCUACAGGAGAAGGCAGAAAACAACGUGUAUGACAUUCGAUUACAGGUUGAUAUCACACCGGAGAGCGGAUCGACGACCACCAUCCUGAAUUCGAACGGCCGCAACCUGCUUUUCUCGUUUCCGCAGAUGCUAGCCCAUCACUCAAUCGGUGGAUGCCCCAUGGCGGUGGGAGACCUGCUCGGGUCCGGCACAAUCAGCGGUACUGAAGCAGGCACGGAAGGAAGCAUGCUCGAAAUUACAAAGGGCGGGAAAGAGAGCAUCAAGCUGAAUGGAGGAGUGGAGCGGAAGUUCUUGGAGGACGGAGAUACUAUUACAAUGUACGGGGUGUGCGGCACAGAGGAAUCUGGGCUUGUGGGCUUCGGGGAGUGUUCGGGCAAGAUCCUGCCUGCUCCUAAGAUCUGA